AUGCCGAACACCUGCUCGAAGGAGCAGCUGCUGCACAUCUCGCAUACAAUGCGCGCCACUGACGACUCCGAUAUGGCGGCGCCGGAUGAUGGUGGCGACGGUGCUGACCGCCACGCUCUCAGAUCACCUGUGGACAGCGUCGGCAGUGCCGGGCCGCAGCCGCUUCCGCUGCGACGGCAGUUUGGUCUUGAAGGAUGCACGGAUGUAGUCAGCAGCGGUGAGGGAGACGCAGCAGCAGCACCGGAGGCGGGCGGCGGUGCGCCUCUCCGUGGUGAAGUCGACGUCUGUAGUUCUUCCCUCAGCGCCGCGGCGCGUCACCAGAACUUCUUGUAUGAUGGGCUGCUUGGUGGCGAUAGCGAGGUCACGCCAAGGCUUGGGCCCACCAUUCACAGUGCACCAUCACCACCGCAGGGGCUGAUGGCAUCCGCAUCAGCUGUUGCGGCGACCGCGACGCAUCAGUGUGCUUCUUCGGUGCCAUCGCGCUCCUUCUCCUCCCAAGGCAAGCCCUUCUCCGCUAUCCUGGUCCCCGCCAGUCGGAGCGACGACCCAGCAGUGGCAGCACGCUGUUACGCUGACCCGUUCGCGGCAGCAGUUGGUGGUAGUGGCUCCACCAGCCGCAGUAGCAGCGUCGGCAUCGUUCUCGCAGGGACGAGCACGGGGAUGGAAGGCCUGUACAGCGACCACUACGUAAAUCCACUGCUGCGGUCGCGAAGCGGGCGGAGCGGCGGCGGCAGCAGCGGCUUCUUCGGGGGCGCAGACAGCGAUGAGGAUGAUGAUGACGGAUCGGCUGCCCUUCAAGCUGCCGUCGACGCUGCCGUGCGCUUCGACGACCUCGCGAGCGAGGACGAUGUGGUGGGCGAUGGCGGUAAGAAGCGCGUGUUGCUGCGCGCUGGCCCCACAGCACUGUCUCACUUGCUUGUGGUAGCGAGCGACACCGACGACGGCGCGUUCACGUGCGCUCACAGCACAAAGGUGGAUUCCUCGAGCCCCUUCCAGAUACCCAGCGGCCUCGGCGAUGAUGAAAACGAGCGGCAUCGGCCCCACUCGGCGCAGACACCUGGUGUGCAGCAGUGCGGUCGCAGGGGCGACCGGAGCACCGGUGGUCGCCCGCAGAUGCCGAACCGCGCCGCUGCCGGGGUGGCUGCUGCGCCAUCGUCGGUGCCCUACUUUGCGGCUGCCGGCAGCGCGAUUGUGUCGCCACUCCAGUCGAUGCAGCCCCUGACCUCGCCAGCUGCUGCCGCUGCCAAUCCCGAGACGGCCACUGUGACGUCCGCUCAUCCGAACUACGCAGCUGCACAAGCACAACAGCAGCAGCUACAGCAGCCGCGCCACCACCACCACCAGUGCUCUUCCUCGCUGCAUCCUUCGCCGCAUGGCCGGAGAGCGUCUUCGGUAGCGGUGCCGCACACCCUCCCUGCUGGUGCGGCCGCUAUACCAACGCUGGGCGACGUGGACAGCUUCUGGUACGUGUCACCGCCGCAGGUGUCCAUGGCGGCCACCCACCAUCAUAGCGGCAGCGGCGCCUCGAUGGGCGGCAGCACUGCUGCACAGAACAGCACCGACCUCAGCUUUGCCGUUCAGCCUGGCACGGCGGGCACUGGGACGGGCACCGGUAUUGGUGCGCAGACGCCGAGCAACUCGCUCUUGUCCUCGCCCAGCGUUCAGCCGUUUUACUUGUAUCAGGUUUCACAUGCGGCCGUCGCCAUGGAGCCGCAGCAGGCGCAGCCGCAGCCGCAAGGCAGCGCGAGUGUGCUGCUCUACUCCCCACCGCAGGCAUACAUUGGGUCAGGCCAGGCGGUGGCGGCGCAUCUGCAUCCUGCGCUACCGACCACAGCCGCUGCGACUGCCGUGCUCGGCGACUCGUCGAGGGCACGUUCGACGUCGACUCCGAGCGACUUGUAUCAGCGUCCUGUCACUCAACAGCCGCCGCCGCCGCCGCAGGUCAUCGGAGGAUACACACUGACCCCGAGUGCCAACGCCGCCGCCGCCGCUGGUGCUGCUGCUGCUGCUGCUGCCGCCGCCACCCCGUCCGAGGAGUCGAGCCGUGCGUUGCGCAACUUGUACUUCCGCAACCUCCCACACUCGUGGAACACGUCGAUGCUGCGUGAGCUGUGCAGCCGCUAUGGCGUUGUCCUGUCGGCGAAGGUUGCCCAUCAUUCCACAACGAAUGAGUCGCUUGGGUACGGCUUCGUGCUUUUCGAGCAGAGGCAGAGUGCUGUGACGUGCAUGGCGAUGCUGAACCAGGCCCAUGUUCACGCGGAGGGCGAGGAGUCGCGCACGCUGUUCGUGCGGAUGGCCCACGCGACAGCCGCACCGGGCUUUCAGGAAGAGGGCGCUAGCGACAGCACUGCCUCCAGUCUUCACCAGCCGACGGAGCUGACACCGCCGUCGGGCGCGGUCGGAGCCAGACUGCCGCAGUGGAUCUUGCAGCAUCAGCAACAACAGACGACGACGAGUGGGCUCCGGUCCCCACGCACACCGCUGUCCGACUCUGCGUCGAUGAUGCUGCUGUCGCCGGGCUCGGCGCCGCAGUUUUACAACCGUGAGCUCUCCGGCGUCAGUGUGGCCGACGCACAUCGGGGACAGGCGCACCGCCACUCGGCCGGCGACAGCGUCAGGACGAACACGAAUGCCUCGUCAAACACCUCGUGCGCCGGCGGUGACUCGCUGCGGUGUACCUCUCCCGUCGGCGGCGCCGGCAACAACAGCUACGUGGCCGUCUCCAGGACGUCCAUCCCACCGUCCCUCUCCGAGACGUGCAACUUCAUGGGCCCGAAGGGGGCAGCGAGGUCCUCGGCGCCGCCACUGCGUGGACUUUAUUGUGUUUCUUCAGCGAAUACGACGUCAUCGCUCUUGUCCCCUCAUCAGCCGCACCAAGUCCAGCAGCAGCAACAGCAGGAGGGCUCUCUCUCGUACUCGUCCGCGUCGGCGAGCAGGUCCGCGACGGCCGGAGCGACUGUCACAGCAACUGCCAUGGCCGCAGCGGCGGCCCAGCGCGCCGGCUGCAACUUCUGCAGCCCUCUCUCGCUCUCCCCCAACGACACCGCCUCGCUGCUGGCACUGUCGCCGUCCGUGCCACACCCGACGGUGCAGCUGCCACAGUCGUUCUACGCGCCUUGUGCAUCCGUGUCCGGCAAGGCGUCCUCGGCAAAGGCCGCCCCCGCUGGCUCUGCCUCCGCCACCACGUCGACCCGUAAUGUGUACAUCACGAACCUCCCUCUCACGUGGAACACAACGAAGCUGCGCGAGCUGUGCAGCCAGUAUGGCGAGAUCGUCUCCGCGUCGGUGGCGCACCACCCGGAGACGAACGGGUCGCGCGGCUACGGCUUUGUCCUGUUUGCGGACGAGCGCGACGCGGCGUCCUGUGUGAUGAAGCUGCACCAGUACCACGUGCCGAACUCGUCUCAUGUGCUGAGCUGCCGGUUUGCCAAGGACAAGGCGACGCCGUCCAUCGCGUACACGCUUCUGUCGCCGUCGCAGGAGUCCGGGCUGGACUCAAUCGGCAGUGGGAGCGGUAGUCCCCUCCCCACGGCCACCGUCCGCGGGUCGCCUACCGCCGCAACGUCGAAGACGGUGGUGCCGAUGAUCGCGAUGGGCGGCGAUGCCGAUGCCUUGGAAAGCAACCUCGCUAGGAACGACACCCGUGGCAGCGUUGACGGCGCUGUCCAGGAUGCGGUCUGCAUGCCGAUUGACGUCUUCUGCACACUGCAGCAGCGGGUGCACGCGCAGUGCGUGCAGUACCUCACCCAGAAGCAUCAGCUGCAGCGCAAGGGCGCGGAGGACAACAGCGAACCCACGAGCGCCGUGUUCACGGCAGAGGUGCAGUCUGAAGAGCUGGAGAAAAUGAUGCGGUACUGCGUCGUCUACGGUGUUCAUGUGCCGACAGAAGGAUAUGGCUGCGUGCGCCCGACGGACUGCCGCAAGGCAUCCUUCCGGAGGGCUGUCGACGAUGCCGAGCAGCUGCUCAGUAGACCCCCUGCAGAGCCGUCGACGUCGGCCUCAUCAGGGCUGCGGUCAGCUGGCUCCGCCCUCUCCACCGAACGUGGCGACUCGAGUGGCGAAGUUCUUGACGUCGCUGACACGGCCGCGCCGGUGACACUGUCGGGAACAGUUGUUUGCACGCAUGCCAUUGCCGUCGGUCGUGCGCAGGCGACCUCCCCCACACUCGCCGGUACAACCACGAUGCCGGUAGCCCCGAGGACCAGGCGUAGCAUGAGCGGCGAGCCGCCGUGUGCGCCGCCGCUUGGAGUCGGCAUGUCAGACGCGGAGAGCGCCAGUCAGGUCGCGACGCCAGAGGUGACGGCAUCGCCAGCUGCUCCGCUGGAGCUGUGGUACACAUGCACUCUCUUCACCACCCAGGUAGCGGCAGAGGCGUUCGUCCAGGCGGCAGCUGUGGCAACAUCGGGCGCCGGCGCAACCAUCAACGCAGAGCAUGGCAAUUUGGGCAACAGCAGCAGAAGCGUUGCGGGCGCGUCGACGGUGCAGCUGUCCUCUAACGGCAAGGACUCGCUGGCGGAUACCACACUUCCCUCUCCAUCACCGGCUUUUGACAAGAUGACCAACGUUCAACAGACACGCUUUGGGCUUCGGGAUCAGGUAAUGGUGCUCAGCAGCGCGCCGUUGGCGGUGCCGGCGGCCCUGCCUUUCACAUCCUCAGCGAACACAACGACAGCCAACAGCACGCGCCUUCUCCCCACAGAGGAACCGUAUUCGCAGCAGCGAUCCACAGCAACGUCUCCCCAACAGCAGCACCAGCGGCAUCACUUGCGCCCGUCGCAUCAGCUACCGCCAUCAACGCUGCUGCGUGCGCACACGAGGGACGGCAGCGCGGCCGCAUCAACGACGCAGCCGCGCGGCUACAGCCUCUGCCCUGGAGCAGGCAUCGCUGCGGUUCCUGCACACCCAUCGGCUUCCACGGCCGAGCCGCUGCUGUGCUCGCCGUCCUCUGCAGAGACCCUCCUCUGCUCUCCGCCGUCGCAUGCAACCCACUACACAUACCCGCGGAUGGCGCUGACAAGCCCUACCGAUGGCGCAUCGCUGACGAGUCCGACACCAAUGAUGAUGGUGAUGGGCGGUAACGGUGAUAGCAGCAGCACCAGCAGCACCGCGGCACCGUUGGCUUUCCCGAGAGACCGUGUCGCCGGCGGAGGCGCCGGCGCGGCUGGCCGUUAUCCAUCAGCGACAGCCGCGCGGUGCACCUAUCUGCUCGGCUCUCCGGCGUCCACCUCGUCCGUUAACUUGAGCACGGGCACCCACAUCCUCUCCGACUCGACGACGCCUCCGCUGGGUGUAGCGCUGAACUUCCCAAGCGCAUCGAGUACCCACUCGACGCCGUUUAAUGCGGCAGGAGUGGGUACCCCUUCGGGGCAUCCGGCGUCAGCGGUGCACGCAGCCCCCGCUGUCUUUGCCGCCGCGCCCUCACACAUGACCGCCGCACGCGCUUGGAGGGUCGCUACUAGUGGCGCUGCAGCGACGAUGCCGAAUGUGCUCAGCGCACCCCUACCGGUGACUUCGGCACCGUCUUCGUCGUUGUCUACCGAGCAGGCGCCGCCACCGCCAUCGCACAUCUCUUACUCGCUCGGCAGCGUCAUCUAUGCGGUGCCGGAGGCGGCGUCGGCCACCGGCGGGCCGCCGGUGUUGUUCAAUGCUGCCCCGAUCAGCGAUGUGGCCAGUCCGGCGACGCUAGCCUCGUCGGCGCAGGUGUCGUGCACGACGCCCAACGCUACGCCUCAACGCUCCGCGCAGCCACUGCACCCCUAG